AUGGACUACCUAAGACAUCUGGUCCGAAAAGGCCUCAUCGACCCCGGAGCUGUUGAUAUAGCACAAGCCCAGAGGGAUCCUCCAAACUUCGGCAUCGGGCUGCGACCUGUGGGAUUGCGGCCUCAGCCUGCACAACGGCCAGACGACGCCAACGAUCCACCCUUGUCAGAGAAUGGAUCCUGGAUCGUCGGAAAUGAGUUGCAGGCCGAGGACUCCUCCGCGCGAGCAGAGGUUGACAUCGAUGUUGGCAUAGACGAUGUCAGCUAUGUCAGUACACCGCCUUCGAGCCCCGAUGCCGAAGAUAACGAGGAUACUGAAGUGGAAGGAGAGGCCGAAGAAGAGGAGGAGGAUGAGGGAGAGGCUGAAGAAGAGGAGGAGGAUGAAGGAGAGGAGAAGCGAAUAUAA